AUGAGCCACAAGCAUCAGACUCUCCGCUUUGCGAGCGACGCAACAGCGGGCGAUGGUAUCUGGGGCUACCCAACAAGCAAGGCAAACUUCUGCGAAGAAGACUACAUCUUCACGCGGUACAUCGCAGAGUUCAUCAACUGCCUGUCCAAUGCAACCUACAUCUACCUCGCCCUGAAAUACCCCCGGGCCAACUCCAAGGCCGCGGUCCCAUGGUACCGAACCCUUGACAUCCAAUCCAUCGGCCUCCUCGCCGUCGGCAUCUUCUCCGGCGUCUUCCACGGCACCAUGCACCAGGAGACGCAGCUUCUCGACGACCUCUCCAUGCUGGUCCUCGCCGGCUCGCUCGUCCAGCCCCUGUACGCCUUCCGCCAGUCGCGCGCCGUGGGGGCAGCAAUCACCACCAUCCUCUGGCUCGGCAUCGCCACCAUCGCAGCCAUCUACGUCCGCUCGGGGGACAUCGCCAUCCACGUCGCGACCUUCACCGGGCUGUUGACCUUUGUCUGGCCGCGGACGCUGUUCAUCGUCUACUGGACCGGAUGCUACUCGAAAGAGCAGCAGAAGGGACUGAUGAAGCAGUUCUGGAAGGCUUGUAUCAUUCUGAUUGUGGGGUUCACGCUGUGGCACAUCGACUUGGAAUACUGCGCCGAGCUGAGAGCCGCGAGGAAGAGUCUCGGACUGCCUGCCGCAUGGCUGUUGGAGCUCCACGGAUGGUGGCACAUCUUCACCGCCCUGGGCGCGAGCUGGUAUAUGAGGUUGAUUCGGGAGCUGACCUCUGUGGAACAGACCGGCAUUGGCAAGAAGGCACAGUAA